CAAUGACGUCACCCCCCGCUCCUCUCGAGGAGACUGUCCGGUCAGUGGUGGUACUGUUUGUUGACACUCCACACAGUUUAUCAUUUUGAUUCUCUUGCAGCAUGAACGUCACACAGCAAGUGCUGAAAUCCAUCAAAUCUGCACGUCGUUCAGUUUACAUAAACUGCAGAAGAAAGUUUUGUGCGUCACAGUGUACGAUGACAUCACGACACACCCACUCCAAAAGAAUUGAAGGACUGGACAAAAAUGUCUGGGUGGCGUUUACUUCAGUGGCAGCAGACCCGUCCAUAGUGAACCUCGGUCAAGGGUACCCCGACAUCCCCCCACCUUCUUAUGUCAAAGAGGCUCUGGCAAAAGCCGCAUCCGUGGACAAGAUAAACCAGUACACCAGAGGCUUUGGUCAUCCCUCACUGGUGAAAGCCCUCGCUCAGGUUUAUGGAAAAGUCUACGGACGGCACAUCGACCCUUUCAAAGAUAUCCUGGUCACAGUCGGAGGUUACGGUUCCUUGUUCAGCACCAUGCAAGCGCUGGUGGAGGAGGGAGACGAGGUCAUCAUAAUAGAACCUUUCUUCGAUUGCUACGUACCUAUGGUACGAAUGGCCGGAGCCAAGCCUGUGCUGAUACCGCUACGCCUUAAGCCUGGAAAGAAGACAAUCACAAGUGCUGACUGGUUUCUUGAUCCGGAGGAGCUUUCCAGUAAAUUCAACUCCAAGACAAAGGCCAUCAUCAUCAACACACCAAACAAUCCUAUAGGAAAGAUUUUUAGCAGAGAUGAGCUGCAGAUGAUCGCUGACCUGUGUAUAAAACACGACACUCUGUGCUUCAGCGACGAGGUGUAUGAGUGGCUCAUCUACAGGGGAAACCAGCAUAUCAAAAUUGCCACUCUGCCUGGAAUGUGGGACAGAACGAUCACCAUCGGCAGUGCAGGGAAAACAUUCAGUGUAACUGGAUGGAAGCUUGGUUGGUCCAUCGGACCCGAGCACUUGAUGAAGCACCUACAAACCGUGAUGCAGAAUACGCUCUACACCUGUCCAACACCUUUACAGGAAGCUGUGGCACAAGGUUUGAACCUGAACUAUGACCUGAUGGGUCAGCCUGAGUGCUACUUCACCUCACUGGCAGAAGAACUGCAAGGGAAGAGGGACCGCAUGGCCACCAUCAUGCAGGAGGCUGGCAUGACACCUGUUAUCCCAGAGGGAGGCUACUUCAUGCUGGUGGAUGUCACGUCUCUCAAUCAGGAUCUGUCACAUAUGGGCGACGAUGAAGCCUAUGACUACAAGUUUGUGAAAUGGAUGAUCAAAGAAAAGAAACUGGCAGCCAUUCCAGUCACAGCGUUUGUUGGAGAUGAGUCCAAGAAGCACUUUGAGAAAUAUAUUCGUUUUUGCUUCAUCAAGCAAGACGAAACCAUCGAAGCCGCAGGAAACAUCCUGAAAAACUGGACUAAGGGUUAAAGUGCUGCUGUGUCAGGAGGAGGAGGAGGAGGAGGAGGAGGACUAAGAACUGUGAUUUGACUGUGAUUUUUCUCUUAUUAUGUAUUCCAACACUUUGAAGUGUAUCAUUUUAUAACGUAGCACUCACACAUACAUGGAAGUCAUCCUUGUCUGACAGCCUGGUGCUUUCAUGAUGAUGUCAUCUGCCACUCACACAUUUCCCCACUCAGGACACACACUUCUUUCUGUGUUUCCAUCAUGGUACGGUUCAGUUUGGAAUGGUAAAGCCUGAAUGGUCAGGCUUGUGUUUCAACUGAGAACAAUGGAGGAACAUCCAGACUCUCUUUUUUUCUGUGGCUUUUUGUCUUAAUUAGGGCAGUGUUUUUCAGCCAGUGAGAUAUUGUCAGGUGUGCCGUGGGAAAUGAUCCAAUUUCACCUAAUUGGUCUAAAGAACGAGUGUCUGUGCUGUCUAGUGACUGGCAGAGUUAAUCAUUUAAUACUUUUCCAUCUCAGUAGGUGGCAGCAGGUAGCUAAUUGCCUUGUACUUUGAGACAAGAGAAUUAUUAACGCUUGGAUGCGACAGGUGGCGGUGACAGUGAUGGAGAGGUUUUUGAAACUGGACCCUGGACAAAAGUCUCGAGGCGGUACAGCGAAAGCUCCGUUGCGCUUGGUGAAAAGCUAUCCAACAGUGCUGUGGUCCCAAGUGAGCUUAAACGCCAUCUCCAAACGAAAACAGAGAACACGUGAAUUGAUUCCACAGCAAGACACUUUGACGAGAAUUAUUGUUGAGCUACAGUUUCACUUUUUAACAUUUUCGGCUGGUGGUGUGUCUCGUGAUUUUUUCAAUGAAAAAAGUACCAUGGCUCAAAAAAGGUUGAAAAACACUAAAUUUGGGCCGUCAAUUCCGUUUUUUCAAAUCUGAACAUGUACGUGAUGUGACUUUAACUUUGACUUAAUUGACUCGUCAAUUCACCGUCACUACAUUCCACUCUUACUGAUAUUUUCUUAGCGGGUUCACAUUAGACGCUCAGUUUCUUUUACUAUUACCAUCUCACAUCAUGUGAAGAUGAAAGGCAAACUACAUGGACCUUUAUACCGUGUUCAUAUUUCGUUUCUCUUAAUUUGUUUGUUGUGUGUAGAAAGUGUGGUUUCUCAAAAUCGGUGCAGUUAAUAAACAAACCGAGUCCGUUUGUC